CCGCGCCAGCGCAGAGAGGCACGGAGACGAAGCAGAGAGCGCAAAGGCUUCGACAUCUGGGGGGGAAAUUAAAACAACUUGCAUUUUUGAAAAAAACAGCCAAAAAACAACAAAGCCAAAAAACAAACAAAAUCGGGACAUAGCGGUGGGAAAAUUUGACCGAUCUUUCGCUUUUUUCCCCUGCACGGACAUAAAAUGAAAGGGUUACCUGGCUGCAUGUUGGAUUUUAAAUCUUAUAUUACACCGCUGCGGCGUUGACUUCAGAGUUGCGCAGGCAGAGUCUGUAUGAGUUGUCUGUUGGAGGAAUUUUAGACACUCCGGAUCAAACUUGAGUUGGACAUCCAGGAACCAGUCAGGGAGUAAGCUAAACCACCUACCCACUGCUCUCACUGCAUGCAGGACACUUAAACACCACUACAACCAUGGAUGAGGAACAAUGCUACUAUAAUGAGAGCAUCACCUUUUUCUACAACCGCAGCGACAAGCCUCUUUAUAACGACUGGGACACCUACAGCCGGUUGGUGAUGGGCCUUGGCAUCACUGUGUGCAUUUUCAUCAUGCUCGCCAACCUUCUGGUAAUGAUCGCCAUCUACGUCAACAGGAGAUUCCACUUCCCCAUUUACUACCUGAUGGCCAACCUGGCAGCUGCUGACUUCUUUGCUGGAUUGGCGUACUUCUACUUGAUGUUCAACACGGGACCAAACACAAAACGUCUGACUGUUUCGACAUGGCUGCUGCGUCAGGGCUUGAUUGACACCAGCCUUACUGCAUCUGUAGCCAACCUGCUUGCCAUCGCCAUUGAACGCCACAUCACCGUGUUCCGCAUGCAGUUACACACACGCAUGAGCAACCGGCGCGUGGUGGUUGUGAUUGUCAUUAUCUGGACUAUGUCCAUAGUCAUGGGGGCGAUACCCAGCGUAGGUUGGAACUGUAUCUGUAGCAUUAAGUCUUGCUCCAACAUGGCACCUCUCUACAGCAACUCUUACUUGGUCUUCUGGGCAGUGUUUAAUCUUGUGACUUUUGUUGUCAUGGUGACACUAUAUGCCCACAUCUUUGUGUAUGUGAGGCAGAGAACCAUGAGGAUGUCACGGCACAGCUCUGGACCACGUCGCAACCGAGAUACCAUGAUGUCUCUUCUGAAGACUGUGGUCAUUGUGUUGGGUGCGUUCAUCAUUUGCUGGACCCCUGGUUUGGUCAUCCUCCUCCUUGAUGUUUUCUGCGCUAGCUGCAAUGUCUUGACCUACGAAAAGUUCUUCCUGCUACUCGCCGAGUUCAACUCAGCCAUGAAUCCUAUCAUCUACUCCUACCGUGACAAGGAGAUGAGCGCAACCUUCAGGCAGAUCCUGUGCUGCCAGAGGCAGGAGAAUGUGAAUGGGACGGCAGCAGAGGGAUCUGACCGAUCUGCAUCUUCCAUCAAUCACACGGUGCUGACUGGCAGCACCAUGCACCACCAUCACCACCACAAUGAACAUUCGGUGGUAUAAAAAAAAGAAAGAAAAAAGAAAAAGCCCAAUGUCUUGGGUAUGAAUCCAUCUUGAAGGGAUUAUUCUCUACAGGAGAUACAGACUGAGAGAAGGUAAAUGAGUGUAUGUCAAGAAGAAUAUGGCAACUAGAGUGAAAGCUGAAAAGACUCAAGCUGCCUGAAGACAGAGCUGAAGAGAACUCUGAUAGGCUGUUAUUAUUUUGUUUUGUUAAUUUCCAUUUGUGUUAAAUGUGUUGUCACAGGUAAAGAUGAUAUGAUCUAUUUAAAAUCUGUGAAGUAGAGUAUUGCCAGUAUAGCCCAUCCUCUUUAUCCAAUCUUCCUAACUUUAUGCCUGGUAGGUUUGUACUAUUACUCGUCUAGAGUCCCAUCAUUAUAAAAAGUAUCGAACUUAACAUCCUACAUUUAUGUUAUUGUUGGUUGCUGACUCACCUGAUCCCAGAUUUACAACAUAGUGUUUUUGAUUUUCAUCUCCAUUUGUUGGGCAGAAGCUUUAACUUUAAAUGGAUGUGGUGUAGGCUCGAGGCAGGAUAUUGUUACCAAUGUUAUAUAUAUUUCAAAAGAUGUCAUCCAAAGUGAAAUCCUGCCUAUAUUCACUUGUUUUCCAUGUUUUACAAUCUACCAAAACCCUGUGACACUGUUUCAUCCAUGAAUUCAACACAGUAUUUUAAUAACCUCAAACAUUAUCAUUUUCUGCUGUAGAGUUGUCAUCUAUUGUUUAGCAACAAGUAAGUUACAAAGUACAACCAGAUUUGUUUUUUUUUUCAUUCUAUUCUACCUAUCCUCUUUUAUGAACACGCUCUUGUGAAUCCAUUAAAUCAGGUUUUUGCUUCCAUUCAGUUUAAAUAAAGUAAGGAUCCAAUGUUUGCUACAAAUCCUGGAUUGUUUACUCCCUCUAAGGAUUUAAAGGCAAGCUGUUCCAGGGAAAAGAGUAGGAGGAGGACAGUUAUGUGAAGACAGGAUGAGAGUCAUGUUUGGUGCACUUUCAGAGACUUCAUAUUAUGACACCAAAUGUGCUGAGCAGACUGCCUCUCAGUGUUUUCCUUGGUCCCCUGAUGCUGACCUCGGGAGGGAAAAGGGGGAAUUGUGGAAGUGAAUGUGAAAGUAUCGCCUGAGUUAGUACCAAAUUGCUUUGUGGUACCUUGAGAAUGGGUUCUUUAACAGAACAACUUAAAAUUAAAAAAGAAAAUCAAAACUUCCUUCCCCCACUCUAUUUUUACCAGCUUUCAUGAACUAAUGAUGAUACAUGAGCAUUUACCUACCUCACUUCUGGUGAAUUUAUACCAAGCGGGGUAGAGAAAUAGCAAGAAUGGCUGGUUUAAACCUUUAUGACUGAUUCUGUAGCCAUGCUAGCCACUGUGUCACAAUGCUAUGACUAUGCUGUUAGGAUGGUUAAUGACUUACAACAUAACCUUAAUUAGCAGCAAGCUGUGCAGUUUGUUGUGUCAAAUUCCUCAGAGGUUUACACUUUUAAGGCAGUUUGUAAUUUGUCAGUGGUACACAGUGAAAGCUAGCCAAAAGCAGUGCUCUUGAGUUUAGUUUAGUUUUUGUGUUUUUCACCUCCAUUGGAAAAUACACAUUUUUCUUUUAAAAAUAAAGAAUUUGAACUAAUUGUUUAGAGAAUUCUUGAACUAAAACCCCACAGACACAGAAAUGCACUAAGCUUUAGCAAAUGCUGCAGUUGUUUAACAAAAUCUGAAUGACCAGCAUAGAUUUUUACUUGCUGUAACAUUGGUAUCAGUGAUAUGAAGUAAGCAGAUAUCCAACCAAAACAUGUUUUAUUUUGUGUCUCUGUCAGAGAGAUAGUUGACGCUUACAUUAAAAGUAUUAUUGGUAGCUUAUUUUGAUUUUUAUGACAGCAAUGACAAAUUAAAGUCUAUUCUUAUCUUCCCGCCUUAGGGUGCCUUUAUAACUGACUCACUUAUGAGCCAGUGCAGUUCGAAUGGUGUAAUAUUUCCACAAGUGCUCUCAUUAACUUGCGAUUUUGUGCCAGCUGAAAUCCAGCAUGGCAAUGCUAUGAUGCACAUUGUUAAAAAUUGCAAACUGAAUGUUUUAAAUCAAAACACAUUUUGGCCAAAAUACAUAGACAAACCUCCCAAAAACCGACAGCGAAGUGAGAAUCACUGCCAAAAGUACAGUCAAACGUUUUCCAGGAAACCAGAUGUUUUUCAGGAAUUUCAGCUGCAGAGUUAACAUUAAGUCACCAGGUAUCUUUGCCCAGAUGUUUGGCCUAUUAAUCAGGCAAUUUAUGUUGUGAUAUACAGACAAAAAGUUUUUUUCACCAUCACUCUGCAACACUUGCAUACAUUUUUGAUGCAUGUGUGAGAUAAAGCACUGUGGUCUAGGGCACCUUAGUCAUCACUUUUAUUAGUCAUUUCCUUCCUGUGCCGGUGCUUUUUUUUUUUUUAUCUCUAGCUGUACUUCUACUUGAGACAAAAUGAGAGAAAUAUUCUAAGGAACCAAUCCCCCAUAGCAAACUUCUUGUAUUAAAUUUGUACAGCUUUCACACUUUAAUGUCAUAAAAAUCUUGACCAGAUUUUGUCAAUAUAUGGCUCUGGACCCAACGCUCCAUAUUUGAAAUUCACUGUAACAUUUCUUUUAAGUAUUAAUUCAGGUUAUUAUAUCAAACCAACUAAACAUUCAGUGUCUUUGUUUACUAGUGUGUCAGUCUUUGUGUACCUUUGUAAGUAUGUGUGUACAAUAUGUAUAUAUAAAAUAUAUUAUGCAAAGUUAAUCACCAAAGGGAAACAUGUUUUGUGUCUGUAAAUUUCACUGUGUUAUACUCUGUCCAGAUGUACUGUAGGGUUGUUUGUAUGGUUUUUUUUUAAAUGCCAUUUGUAUUGUGAUCCUAAAUAAUGACUUUCCCAUAAACACUAUUACAGCAACAUUAA